AUGGCUCGCGAUGUGGCUGGCAGCAUCCUCAACGAUCAACAGGGCCAUGAUGAGCAUCCUGGUUCCCUUUCCUUCUGGUUUUUAGUGCUCACGUUCGCAGUUGUCGCAAGCGUUCUGCUGAAGAGGAUAAACAGCAAAGUGGACUUCGCGGUCGAGGUGCUGCUCCGAGCCUUUGAGCUGCUGUGGUUUUACUUGCCCUUGCUCCCGUUGCUAGCAUUCUCUUUGUUGGCAGAUCGAUGUUCGCCAGCAUGCAACCUCGCCGACGCUUCGAGGCCACAGGCCCCUAGCUGGGUUGACUGGUGGUGGGCCGUUGCUCUGCGGAGGGUGCAACGCAGCGGGCCGGUGUUUGUGAAGCUCGGGCAAUGGGCGGCUACGCGACCCGACCUCAUUCCAGAGGACGUCUGCUCGCACCUGGGCCACUUGCACGACAGCACAGAGCCUCACAGCCUGCAGCACACGCACAAGGUCUUGCGCGAGUCAUUCUCGGACACGUGGUUCCGACACUUGCUCAUUGAGCCAGAGCCGAUAGGAUCUGGAUGCAUCGCGCAGGUGUACCGUGGUCGGCUCCUGACUAGUGGAGCAACUUCGUCAUCCAAGGCUUCGCCUCUACGGUUGCUCGGAUCUCGGCUCCACCGCUUCUGUGGAGGUUCUUGCUCAUCGACCGCCCGCCCAAGCGUGGAGGUCGCUGUCAAAGUUGUCCAUCCGCAGGUUCAGCGUGCUGUGGAUGUUGACUUGCAGGUGCUGGAUCAGCUGGCAGGCAUCUCCAAACAUGUAGGUGCGGAAAGGUUGGGGAUUCCCUUAAUGCUACGGCAGUUUUCGGCCUUUCUCAAGGCCCAAACAAAUCUUGAGACAGAGGCGCAGAAUCUUCGAAGGAUGAAGCAGAUGCUGGCAUCUUGCGACGGCAGCGUUGUAAUCCCUGAGGUCUUCGACAGAUGGGUUGCGCCAAAUGUGCUCGUGAUGAGCUUCGAGGAGGGGGAGCCUCUGACCGCCUUGCUCGACUCAGAUGGCCCGGAUCGGCCAAGGCUAGAGGCUUGGCGAAUCCUUGUUGACAGCUUCUGGGCCAUGGUCUUCAAGUACCGCUUCGUGCAUGGUGACCUGCAUCCAGGAAACAUAUUGUGGCGGCCACCAGUCGACGCCUCUGGCAAGGUGCAGUUGGUCUUGCUUGACUGCGGUCUCGUCAUUGACCUGUCCGGCCAAGCCGGCGAAGACUUGUCUGCGAUGCUGAAGGCUUUCCUGACAAAGUCUGAGGAGGAUGUGGCGCGCUUGCUCAUCUCGCUGAGUGAGAGGGUUGGAGGCAAGCCAGAGGACGUGGUGCAACCCGAAGUAUUUGUCAAUGGGAUUGCCAGCCUCAUCCGCUCCGGAAAAGGGGUCGGCUUCAGGCUCUCGAAACUGAACGCUGGAUCCCUCAUGGGUCAAAGUUUGCUGCUCGGUCGAAAGCACGGCGUGCGUUUUGACGCACGCUUUGUGAACCUCAUGGUGGCCAUGAUUGUGGUCCAGGGCGUGUCGCUUCGGCUCAACGGCGACGGUGACAUCAUGAGCAGGAUGCGGCCGUUCUUGUUCGGUGCAGCGGUCUCUCACCUGACAUCGUGA